CUGUGCUUGUACGAACUACGAACCCUUCUGGUGGUAGGCUUGGCUUUUUGGAGCGAGUUCCUUCUUGAGUUUAGAGAAAGAGUGAGCGAGCAGGCACACAACACAAACAGCGAGGAGCGACCUGUAGACAACCAACAAUGGUGAUAUACUUGACACUGCACAGCUAGCCAACCAUGGCAGACAGAGCGUCAGCGAACUAGCAACACGGCUACAGGCAGCAGUCAAGGAAACUUAAAAAAAAAACCUGUUCCAUUGUUAUUCGCGUGCGUGGAGGAGGAAGACAAGUGUGCAAGGUUUGCACGCGUCUUUUGUAGCGAAUUAUCACAAUAAUUUAUACCUGGGAAUUGUGAAUAAUAUUUAGACUGUUUUUAAUGUGUAUUGUUGCUUUUAAUUGCAACCGUGCAGAAGAAAUGGUAAGGCGUCAGCGUCGGAGGAAAUGAUAAUGCCUCAAUAAAGAGGAUAAUAAUACAAAUACGCGUAUUGCGGAACAAGCACCGGGGUGAAGAACGCCAAGCAAGACACAGAUAAUGUUGGCUUCGAAGGAAAGAUUAUACGAACUCUGGAUGUUGUACUUUAACAAGAAGGACCUUGUCUACCUGCAGCAGUGGCUGGAGGCGUUUGUGACCCAGUUUGAGAAAAUCAUUGAUGUCAACUCCUUGGGUCCCAGGCGGCCGGAGGAGUCUGCCUCGGAGAUCCCCCUGCUCCCCCAAGACUUGCUGCAAGUCCUGAGCAGCCAGCUUGCCCACAGCACCCAGCGCCUGAGCAGCGAGCAGGAGGAGGAGGACGAGGAGGAGGAGAGUGGAGUGGGACAGACCCUGCUGCUCAUCAAGGCCCUUAUCAUUAUCUGCAGGAAUCUUGAGAAUAUUGAAGCUAACCGAACUCCAGGCUUCAUCUACGAGACAAUGAGACUUCUCUCUUUCUGCAUCACUGAGCUGAAGACUGUUGCAGGGGAGCACAGCCUCCUGGAGUCAGUGGUCCUGUAUGGUGUGCACCUUUGUGAGUGUGUGUUUGACCCCUACCAGACGUGGCGGAGGCAGCUGACCGGGGAGGUUGUGAGCGUGCAGGAGAGGAACAAGUACAAGUUCUCACCCGUCUCGCUGCCAGAGGAGUUCACAGCCUUCUUCCAUGAGAGCUUCAAGGACAGUGAUAAUCUGCCAGAGAUCCUGAGGGUGCGAUUGGUCCACCUGUACGGCGCCAUCAUCAUCGGCUGUAAGAGGAAUGCCCUGCUGGCCAUCGUCCCCUCAGCGGUGGGUGACCUCAUGGGGGUCCUCAGUUCCUGCUGUAACCAGGAAAUGAAGGACCCCCAGCUGUUGCAGCUGACCCUGAAGUGCCUGACCGCCGUGAUCCACCUCCUGCACGCCAGCAGCCUGGACCAGCGGCAAGUGGACAUCAGGACCGUGCUGGACAGCUACUUCCGGGUCCUCAACUCUGAUCACCUUGGCGCGGGAGCUGGGGAGGGGGAGGCAAGAGACUGGGAGGACCGGCUUAUCACCCUCCGCAUCAACAUGCUCAGUGCCAUCCCAGAGAUGUUAAACUGCGCUGAUCGGCCUGUCCUUCAGGCCAUAUUUCUGAAUAACAACUGUUUCGAGCACAUUCUGAGACUGAUACAGAACAGCAAGCUUUAUGUGAGCAGUAGGUGUAAGAUGGAGUGCGAUGGCGCAUGUGAUCUCACUACACAGUUACUGACAGAAAUUGAUAUCAACCAGGUGUUUGAGAAAGGCUCCGACUCCAUCACUGUCCAUGCUCUCAGAGUCCUCACUGCCAUCAUGACCAGCUCUCCGUCCGCAAAGGAGGUUUUCAAGGAGAGGAUUGGCUACUCUCACCUGUAUGAAGUGCUACAGAGCCAGGGCCAGCCAACCAGGCAACUCCUCCAGGAGCUCAUGAAUAUGGCUGUGGAAGGAGACCACACUCAGGUUCCGUCUGUGCGGAUCAACAAUGAACAGCCUCUCCUCUUGCUGGUGCAGUGGAUCCCUGAGCUCACCUCCCGUGACCUGCAGGUGCUGCUCUCUGAUUGGCUGUGCCGGGCCUGUGGGGGUACGCUGCGCGACCGCACCACCGCAGUGCAGGCGGGGCUCGUGAGUGCUCUCCUGGACGUGCUCUCUGACCACCACCGCCUGGACAGGAAGUGUGCAGACCAGCUGAUCGAGCUGCUGCAGUCACUGGGGGCCCUUUCCCUACCCCCCGGGGAGCUGAAGCGCCUGCUCCUGCUUCUGAGGCCAGAGUCGGGGGCCACGCACCCCUACUGCGGCCGCAUGGUUCAGGCCCUGUCUGCCAUGGCCGGGCGCGAGGGGGUGGACAGCGCCUUGCAGUACUUCGACCUGACACCCAGCAUGGCCGGCAUCAUGGUCCCUGCUAUCCAGCGAUGGCCCGGCUACGGCUUCUCCUUCCACGCCUGGCUCUGCCUCAACAUGCAGCCUCUGCACGGGCCAGCCCUGCAACGCAGACUGGGCAAGGGACCACGCAGGAAACAGCUCUAUAGUUUCUUCACGGCGAGCGGGACUGGGAUCGAGGCUUUCUUCACAGCUGAGGGUACGCUGGUGGUGGCGGUCUGCACCAAGAAAGACUACAUGACUGUCGCUUUGCCCGACGUGUCCUUCAGUGACUCGGCCUGGCACUCUGUAGAUAUUGUGCACAUUGCCGGGCGGCGCCCCUUCAGUCAGAACCUGGUGAAUAUCUUUGUAGAUGGAAUGCUGUGCAAGUCUGCUCAGCUCAGAGUCCCGUCCCUCAAUGAGGCCUUCACCUCCUGCUGUAUCGGUUCAGCCGGGCACCGAACCACCACCACCACCACCACCACCACCACCACAGCGACUGCCACCCUGCCCUCCCCCCCACACCCUCCAGACUCCCCCUUCCUGAGUCAAGCACCAACCUUGAGCCGCUCCCAAUCUUUCCCAGCCUCCUUCUAUGGCCCCCGCACCCAGGACUGCCUGGUCCACACCAUCCCUGCUGGGAACCAGGAUGCAGAGUGGGGGACUCCCACCUCCCUGGGGGGCAUGCUGGGCACUGCCUUCGUAUGCCACGAGGCCCUGCAGCCUGCCCAGGUCAAGGCUCUGCACAACGCAGGACCCAACAGCGUGUCCCCCUUCAAGUCAGACGGGGAGCUGUCAGACCUCAACAGCAAACUGCUGCUCUACUACACUCCAAAGGCCUGUAAAAACCACAUCUGCCUCGACCUGUCUCCUAACCACCUUUACGAUGGCAGACUGACUGGCCACAAAGUGGUCAACUGGGAUGUCAAGGAUGUGAUAAACUGCGUGGGAGGGAUGGGUGUGCUACUGCCCAUGCUGGAACAGGUGGGCUGCCAGACGGAGGAGUCCGAGACCCUGCAAGAGACCGCAGACCUGGUGGGACUUGAGCUCACCUCCUCCCACAACACCCCUAGCAUGCUGCUGCCGCUGGGCAAGUCCUCAGAGGGCAGGCUGGAGUGGAACAGCGUGGCCUCCUUCCUGCUGAUGGUGAAGAACUUCCUGCGACAACAUCCUGUCAAUCAGGAGAGCCUGGUGCAGUGCCAGGGGCCGGCCAUCAUAGGGGCGCUGUUGCAGAAGGUGCCAAGCCAGCUGAUGGACAUGAGUGUGUUGAGGACGUGCCAGGCCCUGACAGAGCAGGCCUGCAGUGAGGGGAACAAUGUCCUGCUGCACUACCUCUACCAGCACCUGCUCUUUGACUUUCGCAUCUGGAGCCACAGCGACUUCACUGUCCGCCUUGGACACAUUCAGUAUGUGUCGUCCAUCAUCAAAGACAACAAGCAGAGGAUCCGCAGGAAAUACGGAGUGCAGUACAUCCUGGACUCCAUCAGGACACACUACGGGGGUGAGAAGGAUGGUGCGGUCCCAGCGGAUGAUGUGCGGACGGUGCAGACUUCUCUCUUCCAGCUGGUCCGAGAGUUCCUAUCGCGGGCUGUGGCUCCAGAGGAGCUGCAGAGCAUCCUGUCAUACGCAGCCGCCGUCCAGGACGAGCAGCAGGUGUGUGGAGUUCUGGAGGUGCUCCUCGGGCUGCUGCGCGGAGGCCACACACGGGAGCAGCUGUUCGGACUGCUCUUCGACACGGGCCACAUCGAGGUGCUGUACUCCCUCCUGCUGCAGAAGAAAUACAGCGACGAGCUGAGGGAGAGGGUCUUCAAGAUCCUGUAUAAGAUCAUAAAGUUUGAUAAGGUUCCUGAGAGGAGUAAGCACCGUCUGAAGCUGAAGGACAUUGGCUACCAGGGCCUGAUCAGCUACCUAAACGAGGUCCCAGUCUCCAUGUCUCUCAUUCGCUGCCUCUCAGAACAGGUCCUCGCCACAGAUGUGAACCCCAACUACCGGGAUCUGAUCGCAGUGGUGUACCUGUCUCGCAGAGCGGAUCUCACUGUUAGACUGGAUGUCUGUCGCAAGCUCUUCCAUCUCAUCUACUCGAACCAGGACAACAUGCGUCAGCUGGCGCGGCAGGCUGGCUGGCAGGACACUCUGACUAUGCUGUACGUGAAGGAGUCGUACGAGUCUCGGGAAACCAGCCUCUCCAGUUCACCAAACUGUGACACACUAGACCUGCCGCGGCAGGACCCUGCCAUGCUGGAGGACCCACAGGGGGCAGGGGCAAGGGCAACGGGAACGGGCGGGGAUCUGUCAGACGUCUUCCUGCCCUUCGGCUAUGAGACCUCCGACACAGAUGUCUCUGAGGGCUUCUCAGACCUCUCUCUGUCUCCAGGCAACAGCAGCUGCCCCCAGAGGAUGAAGAUGAAGUCCUACGGGAACUCCUUCGACUCCCAGGAUGCGACCAGCCGCUCCUCCUCCAACACCAUCGAUAUCCCCGGGGCCCAGGAGGAGGAGUCGUCGCUCUACUCCCCGUUCUCCCCCUUCGGGUCCUCCCCUUUUGAGCUGGGUCUGGAGCUGGCCAGCACGGGCUCGCUGGCCGCCGUGGAGAGCGGCAACCACACCCCUGUCAGCCAGGCCGACACCCCCUCCCCCCUGGAGGCCUUCAAACCCUUCCCAGGCAUGAGGGCAUGCAAGAGCUCCAGCCUGUCCAACGUGCUGGACGAGAGCAGCUUCCAGGAGCCCCAGCCUGGGGACAACACCUCCAACACCAGCAACCCCCAGCAAACCCCAGAGGAGGAGCUAUGUAACCUGCUCACUAACAUAGUGUUCUCUGUGACGUGGCGUGGGGUGGAAGGCAGUGACGACACUGUCUGGAAGGAGCGUGGACAGGUCUUCUCCGUCCUCACGAAGCUGGGCUCGUCCUGCGAGCUCGUCCGGCCCCCCGAUGACAUCAAGCGCAGCCUGUUGGAGAUGAUGCUGGAGUCUGCCUUUUCAGACAUCAAGGACUCCACGGGGGCCACGCUGCCUGGCCACGUCCAGAACGUGGUCAAGCUGCUCCGCCUCCUGCAGGACUUCCUCUUCACCGAGGGCCACGCCAACCAGGCACUCUGGAGUGAGAAGAUUUUCGAAGGGGUGGUGAAUCUGCUGGACAGGCUGCAGGCCUGGUACUACCCUGUGAACGGGGCCACAGACAUGAGGGAGAUGCCCCAGAUUGGCCUGCGCAUCAUCACUGGCUACAUCCAUCAGCAGAACGCACAGGUGUGUGCGAUGGCCUGUGUGAAGCUGCACAGCCUCCUGCAGACGGUGCUGUCUCUGCGGAGGGAGGAGGUCUGCUUCCUGCUGGGCAGGCUGGGCGGGCCGCUUUCUCACUCGCUGGCGGCCGGGCGUGCAGACUCCUUCACGUACCUGGUUCCCAUAGUGAGAACCCUACUGGACCAGCACUACGAGAUGCUGGAGCUGCAGCACCUUCUGCCCAACAUGCCCCCCACCAAUGGCAGCUCCACCCUGUUCGAGGAUCUGCAGAACUACUGCAGCGCCGUGGAGUGGCAGACAUUCAUCGAGAAGCAUAUCCAGCCUGUCAUGGCUCAGUAUGAAGAUGAUACAUUUGGGAAGAGCCACGACCUGAUGUCUAACUUUUGGAACUCUUGUUUUGAUGCGCUGAUGAGCAGCUCUCUGCGGAGAGAGAAGGAGAAGGCCGAUAGCAAGGCCAAGUUCCAGGAGUUGAUCAUGGAGCCCUACCUGAAGAGGAUGCGCUCUGAGAACCUGCGCUAUGCAAAUAUGCUGAAGCAGAUCAACAGCCACCACAGUGCUGUGCUGCGACAGUGGAGAUCCCUGAGGAGACUGCUGACCAGCCAGAGAGGGGCCUGGGCAGAGAGGAAGGAGGUGGAGGUGAGGUGGAAGCUGUCGAGCGCGGAAACCUACUCCAAAAUGAGGCUGAAGCUGGUCCCCAAUUACAGCUUUGAUUCUCACUCUGAGGCCAGUGCUCUGCGGGACAACAUGGGUGCUGACCACCUGCACAGCCCCACAGAGUCCAUCCCACUGGCUGUGGCCAAAGAGGCGAAGGUCAGCGAGAUGGAGGACGACCAACUGGGGGAUGAGGACCUGGUCUUUCUGAACAAUCAGGUGGACGAGGAGGAGCAGAAUCAGAAAGAGAAGCUGGUGAUCUCGGAGGACUGUGAGCUCAUCACCAUCGUUGCCGUGAUACAGGGUCGUCUGGAGGUCACCACACAGCACAUCUAUUUCUACGACGGCAGCACAGAGAAGGAGGAGACUGAGGAAGGAAUCGGGUUGGAUUUCAAGCGGCCUCUGUCUCAGCUGAGGGAGGUGCACCUGCGGCGCUACAACCUGCGCAGGUCAGCCCUGGAGCUGUUCUUCAUCGACCAGGCACACUACUUCAUCAACUUCAAGAAGAAGGUUCGAAACAAAGUGUACUCUCGGAUCCUGGGUCUCCGCCCUCCGAACCUCUUCUACUUUGGGUCUCGCUCACCCCAGGAGCUGCUCAAGGCGUCUGGGCUCACACAGAAAUGGGUUUGCAGGGAGAUCUCUAACUUCGAGUACCUGAUGCAGCUGAACACCAUCGCCGGCAGGACCUACAAUGACCUCUCCCAAUACCCUGUGUUCCCCUGGAUCCUGUAUGACUACAGCUCCGAUACUCUCGAUUUAGACAACCCUGCCGUCUUCCGCGACCUCUCCAAACCCAUCGGCGUGGUCAACAACCGGCACGCCAUGGACGUGAAGGAAAAGUACGAGAGUUUUGAGGACUCCACUGGCACCAUUGAUAAAUUCCACUACGGCACACACUACUCCAAUGCAGCGGGAGUCAUGCACUAUAUGAUCCGGACAGAGCCCUUCACCACCCUGCACAUCCAGCUGCAGAGCGGCAGGUUUGACUGUGCAGACAGACAGUUCCACUCUGUGCACGCAGCCUGGCAGGCACGUGUGGAGAACCCUGUGGACGUGAAGGAGUUAAUUCCGGAGUUCUUCUACUUCCCAGAGUUCCUGGAGAACAUGAACGGUUUCGACCUCGGCUCCCUGCAGAUGUCUUUAGAUAAAGUGCACAACGUCGUUCUACCAAAGUGGGCUGAAUCCAAGGAGGACUUCAUCCGAAAGCACAGGAAAGCACUGGAGUGUGAGCAUGUGUCUGCUCACCUGCAUGAGUGGAUUGACCUGAUCUUUGGAUACAAGCAGAGGGGACCCGCUGCAGUGGAAGCACUCAACGUCUUCUACUACUGCACCUACGAGGGCGCUGUGGACCUGGACGCCAUUGCAGACGAGACAGAGAGGAAGGCUCUGGAGGGGAUCAUCAGCAACUUUGGACAAACUCCCUGCCAGCUGCUGAGGGAGCCCCAUCCUCCCCGGCUGUCUGCCGAGAACGCUGUGCGGCGACUGGCUCGCUUUGAGAACAGCCCCCCCAACCUCCUGGAUCACCUGUCUCAGCUCAAGGCCUUUGUAGAGAGUAUCAGUGAUAACGUUUCCCUGGUACAGGCUGUGGUUCCCAAAAACCAGGCCCGCUCUUUCAUCACCCAGGGCUACCCGGACCUGCUGAUCACAGUCAGUGCCAGUGGAUUGCUGGGAACUCACAGCUGGCUGCCCUACGAUAAAAACAUUGCCAACUACUUCAGCUUCAGCAAGGACCCUACUAUCUCCAACCCCAAGACCCAGCGUUUCCUGUCGGGACCCCUGUCCCCGGGUGUGGAGCUCACCUCAAAGAUCCUGGUGGUCUCGCACGAUGGGAAGCUGCUAUUCAGUGGAGGGCACUGGGACAACAGCCUACGGGUGACGGCGCUGGGCAAGGGGAAGGUGGUUGGGCAGCUCUGCAGGCACAUCGACAUCGUGACGUGCCUGGCGCUGGACCUCUGUGGAAUCUACCUCAUCUCCGGCUCACGGGACACCACCUGCAUGGUGUGGCAGGUCCAACAGCAGGGUGGGUUUUCCUGUGGUCUGGCUCCAAAGCCGGUUCAGGUCCUCUAUGGCCACAAUGAUGAGGUCACCUGUGUGGCCAUCAGCACCGAGCUGGACAUGGCGGUCUCAGGGUCAAAGGACGGCUCAUUGAUCGUGCACAGUGUGCGGAGGGGUCAGUUCAUGCGGACCUUGCAGCCAGCCUGUGAGCGCUCUCUCCCGGUCACUAUCUCUGACCUGGUCGUGGGGCUGGAGGGCCAUAUCGUCACACAGACCAUCCUGCAGGGGAGGAGCACGGUCAAGGACAAGUUCUCCCUGCACUUGUACUCUAUUAACGGGAAGCUGCUUGCGUCGGUGGUUCUGGAGGAGCAGGUGUCGGCGAUAUGCCUAUCUCAGGAGCACGUCAUCCUGGGUACAGUGCAGGGCUCCCUGUGCAUCCGAGACCUCUACAGUCUGAAGGUGAUGAUGAGCCCUUUUGCACUGAAGGUCCCGGUCCACAGUGUAUCCAUCACCAAGGAGAAUAGCCACAUCCUGGUGGGACUGGGAGAUGGCAAGCUCAUUGUGGUGGGGGCCGGGCAGCCAUCCGAGGUGAAGACGGGCCAGUUCACUCGGAAAAUGUGGGGCUCGAAGCGCCGCAUCUCUCAGAUCUCCUCAGGAGAGACGGAGUACAACCCCACAGAGACAGCUAAUAAAUAGAACUACAGCCACAACGCACCAGACAGAAGGCUGGAGAGGAAUCUGAGGAAUUCCAGCGCAAGGGGGGCUGAGAGACCCAGGACUAAAACAAAGCACUUGUCAGAUUAAAAGGGAAUGGAAGCUCCUGCCCAAAGACUCCACCGCUACAGCCAGACGAGAGAACAAGCAUGGGUGGGAGAGAGACCUGCAAUUCCCAGACUCCUGCUCUCUCACCGGCUGCUUACCACUUCUGCUUUUAUAUUCUUUUGCAAAAAAUGUCACAUUCCAUUGAAAUGUCAUGGUUUGUAUCACAAAGAAAAGACCUUUUGUAUUUUUGUUCAUAUAUAUACACAUGUAUAUAAUUUUUUUUUCUUUUCAUACUGUACUGUAUACGUGAUAUGACCACACAGGGUAUAUCUACUCCAUAUAUACUGUUGCCCCUAAAAGCAUUCAAUCUGUAUUCAGAGACUUUGAAACACAGAUAUAUCAAGGGAACAUGGAGGGGGGAAAAACUAAACGGCUCUGUAUUCAGGGAGGAAACCGGAUCACAUAGGAUCAAAUCCACACACCAUACAAGCUCCGUAAUUCCCACUAUACUGUAUGCAUACAUGUCUCUGUCUGUCUGUAGAAAUGAUUGCAUUCGGUAUCAGGCACACAUACGAGUUAUAAACGUACUGUAUAUAUUGAAUCAUUUUAUUUCUAAGUGUGUAAAAGAUGUAGGAGAAUGGUAAGGAAUAGCCAAACCUCUGUUUUACCAAACACUGUGCACCGAGUUGCGUGAGCUCACACCUCUAAUCCAGGAAUAGGAGCUUUGCGUGUUCAGACUAUGGGAACUCAAGGGAACUGAAUCUGGAGCUGAAGAAGCAGGAAGCCUGGUGCUAUGGCAGUGGGUGUGGGGUUAGAUAGUAAUGGUGUUAAGAAAUCAAACUCACGGUUUGGAUUCCAAGUGCUGUUGGAACAUGAAGUCAAGAAAAUUAACCUGCAUGACCAAUUGCCCUGCACUUCAGAAGAACGGAUGUAUGGUGCUGGGAGACCUGGGGUGUGUGCCCUGGGGAGGCCUGGUGGGUUUAGGAGGAACCUCUACAUGGAAAGUGUGGACAGUCCUGCUGUUUCUUUGUUUUGUUUUUUUUGUCUCUGUUCAGGGUCUAAACCAUCCUUGCAUUACCCUUUCUUCUUUUUGAAUUUGAACAGACAUGAGUCUGCGUCAGGGCUGGUUUUUAUAUGCUGUGAAGAGAAUGACAAUCAAAGCUACAGACUAAAGGUUAAGUUUGUAUAGAUGCAAAGUCUGUAUUUCUUUGAAACUUUUAGUGGCCUAAAUUAGUCCAGGGUCGAUUAUCACGGCUGGUCAAUUAACCCCAUCUCAGCCCCUUUUACCCACUGCUGUUUAACGUAAUCGCUGUCUUCUACUGUUUCAUAUUGAAUAAUGUGCCUUCCACAGACAGGAAUGCUUAUUCCACAGCGCCCCCUGUGGCAGGUGGUGUUUCCAACAUGGGGUCAGAGGUAUUUGAAAACUACUGAUUAUACGAUCUUGCCAAAAUACUACUAAUUUUGUUUUUUUCUUUAAAGAUUAUUUUGCUAGUUUGAUUGCACGUUAACUAAAUGCAAGACACUGCUAUUGUCAGUAAGGUGAACUACUCUCCCCUUGCUGUCUGUUGGUCUUGUAGUCCUGGUUCUCCAGAGAGCUUCAGGGUGCAGGCUGAGGAAACAGUCACAGACGGUGAAUGAUAGUGUCCGUGUGUGUUUGUCUUUCUGUCUGUGUCUGUUUGUCUGUGUGUUAGUGUGUUUUGCCUGCCUCGUCUUGUUGCUCAAACUGCAAAUAACUCCUUAAAAUAGCAAGCCAUAUGAAACAGAGUUGUAAAAUGUAUUAAGGCGCUGAAUUGACUUUCACAUCACAGUAUUGACACAGAACGGAAGCUGCUUGUGGUUGUGUAUAUAUCUCUGUAUUUCUAAACUACUGUAACAGUUCUAAAAUAUAAUAUAUUGCCACUGAAGAAAUUGUCUUUUCAUGGGACAUGCUGGUGUCCACGCAAUUUCUUGUUCUGUGUUUAACCCGCCUGACCACCGGGUGUCACUGUUGCUCCAUGUAAGAAUGAUUUCUUCUGUUGCAGUGCAAAAUUAAGUUUAUAGAAGGCCAAAAAUACAAAAAGUGCAUUUUUUUUUCCUCUAAGGGAAAAUUGCAUCGAAAUUGACCCCUCAAUAGUAAAAGUACUACAUGUGCGAUGUACAGCAGGCAGUGUCUCUUUGGAGAGGAAGCAUCGCUUCCUGUUCAACCACUUUGUUUCUAGUGCAAUCGGGGGUGGGGGGGUGUUUGUGCAAUAAUAAUAAUAAUAAUAAUAAUAAUAAAUCAGCAUGUUAAAGGGUAAUUUUACAUAUCUUACUGUAAAAACUGUACUUUGUAGGGACUUACUGCACAGAUGGGAUUCCGAUGUAUAUCUGAAUGUGUUUUGUCUGUUUUCUGUAUGUUUUAAAAAAGAAAAACUCUAUAUAUAUAUAUAUAUAUAUAUAUAUAUAUAUAUAUAUAUAUAUAUAUAUAUAUAUAUAUACCUUGAUGGUUUUUAAAAUACUUUUUCUCACAAUGUACUUGAGCACUGCAAGUUUUAAUGCAGUAGACACUGGGUAAAUGUGGAGCUGUUUUUUAAUAUAUAUUGUGAAUGCAUUCCACUGUGAUAUUUGGUUUACACUUGGUCUCUUUGGUGUGAGGUCCUUUUCCUGGUUAAAUAAUUAGCUAAACUCUCUUAUCAGGAAGGAAAACUAUGUGACUCAGCUCUCCGUGUGCCUCCAGGAUGCUAAUGCUGUCUGUAUGCAUUUGUAAAAAAACAAACUGCAGAGCACAAUCAUUUAAAGGAUGCCUUAAACACAGACGAGCUGGCCUUACCUUGAACGAUAUCACUGUCUUUGUUGAAUUACUGUUGUCAUGUUUGUGAUCAUUCCUUUUGAACAAACGGGGAAAAAAUGAUUUUUUUCGUAAAUUGUGCGAGUUUCUUACUUUAUUCUUGUGAUAUAAAAUAAAUAAAUUUGAAAACACUGA